AUAGUCUUGAACAUCCUAUAAAUUCAUUAGAUCAUUCUCUUUCUUCUCCCUCUUGAUGGAUAAACGUAGGAGGAAGACUGGUCAAUCCCCCAUGAAGCACAAUUCUGAGUUUGAAGAGGUGAGCAGUAGAAAAUGGGAGUUCAUUAAUAUGAGCGAACAAGAAGAAGAUAUCAUUUAUAGAAUGCACAAACUUGUUGGUAACAGGUGGGAUUUAAUAGCUGGCAGGAUUCCGGGACGGAAACCGGAAGAAAUAGAGAGAUUUUGGUUAAUGAGACAUAGUGAAGCGUAUGAGGAUUUAAGGAAAAGAAACGAUGGAGCUUCUGUGAUAGUUGGGAAAUCGCGAGGAGGUGUAGAGGGAAGAAGCAUCGGGACAACACUGAUCCAGGGGGCGAUCAUGGCGGAAGAGGUCGAUGUCUGCGACGGACAUCACCGGCUAGCAAUGAUGAAGUUCAAAUUAUCGGAGGAACCACAAAAGGUCUUGGUCUUCAACGUCAGAAUCGUGCCUCCACCGGUGACACUAAUCGGCUGUCAUAGUCUAUGCCGCCGGCUGUUGCGUCGCCGACUGUCUCUCCUCCAUGUGACGAUUCAGUUUCCCCCUGAAAACGAUCCAGGCUUGUUUAGGAAAAGAUUCAUCUGCAGUUGA